AUGGCUGGGUUUUCCCAAAUGCACUUUGAGGUGAUCUUCGUUCAUGCCUAUGUGAAGCUUGAGAUUGCUGCCAGAAACCGCAUCCCAAACACGCAAGCGGAUUCACCAGAUCAAACGGGAGAAUUUUUGCAGGUUGCCCCAAUUUUGAUUCCAGGCGAAUAUGGGAAAUUGCGUAUCCACAAAGAUGUCACCUUGCUCACUUUGCUGCGAUUGUGGAACUACCAGAUUGGUCCUGAUUUCCCGAUUUCCCAUCAAGACUUGGAGUGUUCAAUUAUGCAAUUGUUCUCCGAAUCACAUGUCAUGCUCAUGCCUCUUGCUCCAGAGAUCCAGGAGAUGCUGACACAAACAGCCCUUGCACGACCUGAUGCAAACACAAUCAUCUUGCACCGAUCCAGCACUGAUUUGAGCAUGUAUGAAGUUGCUCAUGGAAAGACAUGGCGCAUGGUGAAGCAGACCUUUCCAGACCUUCAAUCAGCCCAAUAUGAAUUGUUUGGAGAUUUGCAGGAAUCCACUCUUUUCACGAGGGACACAGAGAUCCAUGAUCAGGUUGCACCCUUUCAGGUGCCAGCACUUGCACAGACAGUUCUGAGGCAAUUGCACGAUGUAACCUUUGAAGUGGUUUGUCCUCCGAAAACUGAUAUCCUGAUUCUCCAUUGCGAAGGAUCCCAGCAAGCCCGUGAAGCAUUCCUUCAGUUUUGGGGCACGGAAGACCACCGCCGAUGGAUGUUGCAAGUAGGAAGGCAAAUGAAUUACCAGUCCAUUGAUGAUCGUACCUGGAGGGUGUUUUUUCGACCGGCACUUCCGGAAGCAGCCAUGCCAAUUGCGAUUUUUCGUGAUGCACUGUUUUGGAAUGCUGUUCGCACUCUUUUCAUGUCCAUGCACACUGCAGAGGGUCUUCCAGUCAAGAUCAAACUGUUUGGUCGUACGCUCUGUCAGGUGUCCCUGAGCUUUGAUUUAGCUUGUGAGACCUUUUUGCUGGCCCUUCAGCACAUCCGACAGUUGCAUCCCAGAAGAGGCAAUCCGAGCCUUCAUGCAUCCGGAAAACGCUGUGGGGACAUUUGCACCAUCCGAGACAUCCACAGCCGACUCACUGGCACAUCAACAAUGGACUUUCACAAAUUGGUGCAAUCUGAAGUUGCCAACCGAUUUCUUCAGUAUGGUUUGGAUUUGCCUCAAGUAACAGAUUCCACUUCCAAGUUGAUUGAAAAGGUAGGCCUUGCCAGACUUCAUCAUAUGAUCCAUGAAGAAUCACAGCCUGAAAAGGAACAAAGCUUUCGACGAUUGUGCGAGUCGGCAAGCAUUGCCCUGCCGAAGCAUGGCCCUAGGAUGCAUCUGGUUUCAGGUAAGUACCAGAAGCUUCGAUCACAGCGAACCCAUGCAGCGACAGCCAAGAUCGACCCAGCAAAGUAUCAGCUGACUGAAGGUUUUUUCGUCAAUGCUGACAAAACUCCUACGCCAAUUUUGAGUCAAUUUUCAUGGCAGAGCACAGGGGUUGUUCUUUUGACAGCCGAACAGGCACUUCCAAUCAUGACCAUUGCUACCGCAACUGUUCCAGAUGAACUUGCCAUUUAUGUGCCAGGUGAUUUUGCAGUCCCCGCCAAAUUUCAUCAUUUCCACACCAAUGCACCAGCAGUUGAUGAUCUUGGGCGCCAAGUCCUGCUUACAGGCCAACUCAUCCAGUUUGGAUCAAGACAUAUUCAGACCAAUGUCCUUCCUGACCAAAUCACUACCAAGGAAGUCCAAGUCCUAGCAGUGACUUUGUGGAAAGAGGAUUUUGACCCCCCUACAUGGGAGCGUAUCAAGUCGGCCCCAGUGAAAACGACCAGAGAUUUGCUAAUGUUGGAGGGCUAUGGGGAAUUGAUGUCAAAGCCAUGGGGCCGAGCCUAUAGGGCUAAGGGCAAACCAGUGCCUCCGGAACACGCUGAGUCGAUCCAGUUCCAUGCAGAGUUCCAACGUUGUCCCCGCCUGAAUGCAUUGCUUCGGAUUUCCGGUUUCAAUAGAAUAUAUUUGACUCCAAAAUUGGCUGAUGGACAAAUUGAUUCUGCCUGGAAAGUGAUAUGGAUUCAGGGGACGUCACAACACAUCGAAAGCCUCUCUGCUCAGAUUGAUGGAGCCGCUGGACUUCUGCGCAGUACCAAGUCAUUUGGACUUCGGGUUGAAGCAGGAUCUUUUGCCACAGCCUGGUUACGCCUCAAACCUGACCAAGAAGCACCAGAUGUCAGACAGCGCAAGCAUACAUUCCGACUUCAACCUCUGCCUGUGGGCACAGACAAAGACAUUUUGGCCAAAUGGGCAGCUCAGGUGCAAUGGGACAUUCGCCCGCUCCGAUCCAUUGGAGCCAAGACAUGGCUGGUUGCAGCCGGUGAGCCACCACCGCCAUUGCUUUGCUUCAAUACCCAACCAUUGCUGGUUCAAAAGGUCACCCAAAAGACCAUGCACAACUCAGGUGAUAUCAUUGCGGGCCCACGACAACCCCCGGCGACCAAGCCAGGGGCGCAGACGGCACAUCCCAAGCUAAAUGUUUUCUUUGAAGGAGAUCCCCACAUGGACCCUUGGGCACCCGAGAAGAAAGAGCAUUUAGAAUCAAAACUCACAGGUAGUGAAGCUGCAGUCUCAGCACCUAGCCGAUCCUUGCCGGGCCCUGUUAGCGAUCAGUUCCAACAACAAGGCAGCCGACUUCAAGCGCUUGAAACAGCAGUUGCGAAGCUUCAUGAAGACCAAUUGAAGUUUGCCUCAACUACUGACCAAAAGAUUUCGCAGGUUUCUGACCAACUCCACAAGCACAUGGGAGACACCAAGAAUAGCAUUGAGCAUUUGCACAAGGAACAGCUCAGCAUGACACAAUCCAUCGCCCAAGCCCUGCAGAGACAAGAUGACAGACUUGCUUCAAGCAUGGAUGAAUUGAAGUUCUUGUUCUUGCAGACCAGAGGAAUCAAGCGCAAUAAUAACGGAGAGCUGGACGAACCAGACGAGUCAUUGGAGUGA